AUAUUUACAAUUCCGGGGAGUUCUCCGGGCGAGAGGGGCGUACCUGAAAGAGUAUAAAAUGGUAGCUCUAUACGUCGGGUUGUCCUAGACCAGCUGCCUUGAGAAAAGUUGUCCUUCGUUCAUAUUAUCUACCUUUUCUCUCCAAAAUGCGGUGGACAGCUUUGCUGCUGUCACUAGCUGCCAGUGCAGUGGCCUUGCCUCGACCUGAACGCAGAUCGCAGCCAGCCGAUGUAUGCUUGCGUCCGGACGAAGUGCUCGACCUGCUGCUUCGAGUACCAGAGUCUAUUCCUUUCUGUCGCGACCUGAUCGAUAUUCCGCUCCGUGGAACCACUACGAAGAUCAAUUCGUUCGUUCCGCCCCCGGCAACUUCGACAGUCACUCAGACAAUCCAUGAUCGUGGUCCUCCCCUCAAGACGACCAAGACGGUCACGCAAACAAUCGACUCGACCAUCACGGAGCACAUCACCGACUUGCAAACCCAAUAUGUCACAGCUACUCAGACAAGUCUUGUUCCUGUUACCGUCACUGAUACCCAGACGUCAACCAUCACUACCGUGUCUACAACCUUCGUCACCGAUCCUGCAUACGAGACCAUCACUCUGUCUUUCAGUAGCUUUACGACAGAUCCUGUCACUGAGACUAUCACCAACUUUGCCACUGCCACUCUCACGGACUCAACCACUCAAACCUUUACGGAGACGUAUACGAAUACAAUUACAGACUACUCCACAGCUACUGUCACCGACUAUAUCACGGCCACGGCAACUGACUCUGUCACUGACACAUUUACCAAUUUCCUUACUGAAAGCGUCACCAACUAUCAUACAGAGACACUUACACUUUCCUUUACCGAUACCAUCACAGCUACUGAGACAAAUACAAUCGCUUCAACUACUACGGACAGUGUCGGGGCUCUCACUUUCGUGGGCGUUCCUGAUGUGAUUUCCCAGACGGAGACAGACACUGUUACAAACUCAGUGUUUACCACUGAUAUUGAGACCACAACAGUCAUUACCACGACGAUAGUUACGGACGGGACUCUGGUCACCACGACUGCUGUUGCAACUAUCGCUGUCGCAAAGCGUGGAGAUACACUCAUCAACAGAGAACCCCUUCGUGUUGCAGCGUAUCCGACACCCUCUCCUCUGAGGACCAUUCCUGUGGCGGCUCUCUCAACCGCAUGCUCUGCAUUGAAGAUCCCGGCGGUCUCGACCGUGAUUAUCACUGAGACUCUACCACAGCCCACUACAACGACCACUGUCACUACGCACCUUCCGUCGAAUGGGAUACAAACUGUCUAUGUCACGAGAUAUCUCAAUGCCUAUGUGACACAUUUCCUCACUGCCGUAUCGACCAUUCUCAAGACCAAUACUGCAAUCACCGAUGUGCCUUCGACAACUACCCUUGACGCCACGACGUUCGUUACUGCGACCAGCACCACUAUUGAAACUGAGGUCCCGACUAUCACUGUCACAGAUAAUCAAUUCACAACAGUAACUGAAUUCUCAACGACGGAUGUGACUGCAGAUGUUACCUCCUCGACCACUUUGGAUGUCACUGCUUCGGACACUGUCACUGUCACUCAAUCUACGACUACGGAUGUGACCUCUACCACAACGAAUGAUGUAACUUUAACCAACACUAUAACAGCGACAACAAGCUUGACCGUCAGCCCGACUGUCACGCAAACGGUCGAUGUGACUGCUACUCCCACUGUCUCGGUGACAGCCACCGCAACAGAGACUACAACGGUAGAUGUCACUUCCGUUUCAACUAUCACCUCAACCGAAUGGUUGACUGUCACUGUUCCCUCGCCGACAACGGUGCAAGCCACUGUUUCGGCUACCGUUGAUAUCACUAGCACAGUGCUGAGCACUACCAGCGUUGACCUCACUGUCACCCAGACUGUCUCAACCAUCAGCACCACCACGGUGACAGCGACCGCAUCCGCCACGCCCACGAAUUUGCUACAGAAUGGAGGCUUUGAAAGUAGUUAUCAAAGCGGCUCUAUUGCGCCUUGGACAUAUACCUCCGGCGGCAAUGGAAAACUGGCUUUCGUGGCCGGAUAUAACAGUGCCGUCGCCGUCGAUCUCUAUGUCUCGGGUGCCGGUUCAUCAUACUCCGCAAUCUCCCAGACUGUGGCCACGGUUCCUGGACAUCUCUACACCUUGGCCUUCAACUACUAUGUGAUAGGAGGUAAUCCGGUCUCAGCUCUUACGUGCGGCGCUAACAAUAGCAUUGGCACAUCAUACACGGUCAACCUUGGCACCGCGGCCAAGAAUGUUUGGCGUACGGCUAGCAUCAGUGUGCCUGCCACUUCAGGGACUACAACGGUUACUUGCAGGGUUAGCAGUUCCAUAGUAGCCUCAGCGUACCUUGACAAUGUGAGCCUGAUCUACUGAAGACAAGGAGGGAGUGUGCCGUACGCUCUGUGAUGAAUGAUGCAGUUCAAUUAGAGUUAUGAAUUGAUCGGCUUCAACCUCUAGAACAGGGAAUAUGUACAUACCAAACACUCAUACAUAUAUAUAUACAGUACAUAAUCUGAAC